UUUUUAAUAUAAAACAAAUUGUAUAAUCUUUACAACAAUUUUUUAAACAAUGAAAUCUAAACGUCAGUGCAACGGUUGGCAGCACUUCAAGAUGGACCCCGUCAAAAACUGUUUGUAAAUAAUCAUUUCAAAAUGAAUCUUCAAACCUUAUUCCAGGAUUUUAACCCCAGUAAAUUUGUUGUGCACACAUGUUUGUUAAUAUUCACCGCCUUGUUCGCGUUGCGACUGGACAAUUACGUGACAUGGUCGUACUGGACCGUUUUCACCCCAAUUUGGGUGUGGAAGGUGUUGGUUAUAACUGGGGCGACUGUAGGAAGUUAUGUUUGGUGGCGAUAUCCACACUUCAGACUUGAGGGUGAAGCUUACAUACAUUAUAAAUCAAUGCUGAUUUCAUUGGCACUCCACCUGAUAUUGCUGAUGUUUGAACUGCUGGUUUGCGACAAACUAGAGUCGUCACGUCAUCUUUGGACGCUCGUGUUCAUACCCUUGAUUUUUAUAUCAAUUGUGAGCAUUGCUGUUUGUAUAUGGGCUGUAAAACAUGACAGGUCCUUUGAACUAGAACUGUUCUGUGCUGUUAACGUCCUGCAAUUUAUAUUUUUGGCCCUACGACUUGAUGGUUUCAUCAGUUGGUCAUGGGAGGUUGUAUUUGUGCCUCUUUGGAUUGUCAUGUGUCUAUCACUGGUGGGUGUUUUAUAUACAAUAAUCUUCGCCGCGAUAUUAUUUAGGACGCCAGAAGUGAACGCACAGCAGCGGCGGAGCAGUUUACAGUCGGCGAUCGGUUAUACGUUCCUUGUGAUUCCGAUCUUGAUUUUUCAAGUGUUGUUGGCCAAUAAACUGGACGACGACAUCAGGAUGUCAUUCACAGCGGUCGUUAGUCCUCUAUUCCUGUCUUUUGUCACCCUUAUUUUGAUGUCAUUCAGUGCCAAAGGCGGAAACAAAUGGUGGUUCGGGAUGCGCAAGGACUUCUGCUCCUUCAUCCUGGGCGUCUGCCCGCUGUUACAGGAGUACGCCAACAUCGCCUACCACUCGGAGCGUCGACAGAACGGCGUCGAACUCGAACAAGUUGAGAAACAAGACAAAUACCACGCGAAACGCAACGACCACCUGCGACCGGUGCUGCCGAUAGUCUCGAUCGAAACGCCGGACUGAAAGACCACGACACACGCAUUUCUGGUGCUGUACGUUUGUUCCUAAUGAAAAACAUUACCUUUGCACUUGUUUAUCCACGCAAACAAAAAAUAAAGAAACGCACAAGUGCUAUAUAAAGUGGCUCAAAUGUUCGUGGUUUAUGUAAAUAGGGUAUUUUCUAAGCGAUUUGUACAUAGCCGUUUUUUCUAUGUAUUUUUUAAGGUCGACUUUUAAUACGUUCGGCUUCGUCAUCCGAUUUUUUUAGUUCAUUAUAAUUAAGUUUAAAACAAUUAUUUUAAUUAUUUUAGUCGUUUACUUUAACAUGGGGUUGUAGAAAUCGAUGAUGGAGCCGAAUAUAGUUGUUUUCGUAAGAGACUGAAAAAAGGAGCGUUAGUUAUCUAAUUGUGUUAAGGUGUAGUAGGAUAAAAUUUAAUUAUAUUGCACGAAUUUCGUGCAUCAAUUGUGAUAGUGUUAUUUUAUAAGUUACAUGUUUUUAGUGCCAAUUACAAGUUUAAUCAAUUGUCUACGUUGUACAAUUAUUUAUCACCAAUAAAUUAAAUGAAUCUAU